AUGACCAAAUGUCACGCGAAUUCAAAUGAGGUUGUUCAGGAAAAAGAUUCAGCGAAAGAUAUGGGUGAAAUCCAAACUGUCUUCCAAGCAUCGCUGCUUCUGGUUGGCCUCUUUGGUUGCACUGGCGAAGGUGCUUGCCCUGACCCGUUCACCCUCAUUGGUGGAAGGUGUAUCUAUGUUAAUACGACAGGAGCGUCAUGGGAUGCAAGUGUCAUCGCAUGUGACGCUCAUGGAGCUAACUUGGUAAUUGCUGAUAAUCAGGAAUUUUUGAAUCAGCUGACUCUUCAUCUGGACAAUAAAUAUAUGGAUAAAUGUGUCUACAUCACUGCCUGCUUCUGGACGGCUGGUAGGAAGAAAAACAACUCCCAAGUUUUCGAAUGGAAACUAUUCAGAACUGCAAAAUUUUUAGAUGAAAUUCUUCAGUACAAAAGUGUGACAGAAAUGAAUAAUUGGUGCAGCGGUCAACCAGAUAAUUGGAAGGGCAAAGAGGAUUGUAUGGAGCUCAACCGUUCUAAUGGCAAAUUUCUUUUCAAUGAUCUGCUCUGCGCACAUCUCCUUUGUUCUGUUUGUCAGUUCGAUGGUUGA